CUUCAGCCCAACUGCCUGUUGAGUUCGGUAUUUAUUUUCAUCGGUUCGCCUAGGUGAAUGAACAAGCAUCGAAAAGAGACAUAGACUGUAUAGACAUUAGUCUUCUUAUAAGCCAGACAGCCCUCUCGUGCCCCUUCCCUCGUCUCGACUCUAUAUCUAUUUCUUCCUCGCUCGGCCCCAGCCUCUUUCUUUGACUCUACGGCCAGAUCUUCGAAAGGUUCUUCUUCCACGAUCUCGGUAUGAAGACUCUUAUAGUUCUGGGGGCGGGAAUGGUGGGUGUCCCUAUCACCCACUAUAUCCUGCAAAACGCUGUCCCCAAAGCCAAAGAUAUCAAGGUCAUUUUGGUGACGCCCAAUACAGAUCAAUACUGGAACCUGGCGUCCGUCCGGGGAAUCGUCCCAGGCCAAUUCUCCGACGACAUUCUCUUCACCCCGCUAAAACCCGGCUUCGAGCAAUAUCCGAAGGAGAAUUGGGAGAUCGUCUUCGGCAAAGCCGAGUCUCUGGAGCCUGAAGCGAACAAGGUCGUCAUAGCGACCAACGAUGGUGGACACCGGUGCAUCUCCUACGACGCCCUGGUCGUCGCCACGGGCAGCAGGGCACGGGACGACAUGCCAUGGAAGGACCUCGACACAACCGAGAAGACCAAGCAGGCGCUGCAAGCGGCACGAGAUCAGCUCGCCGCGGCCAAGACGGUGGUUGUAGCCGGUGGCGGCACAACGGGCGUCGAGACGGUGGGCGAAAUCGCUUUCGAGUACGGGGGCAAGAAGGAAAUCUACUUCGUCAUCGACAAGGACCUCCCCCUGGGCUCCCAAUUCCGCGAAGACGUGCGCAAGGGAGCCAAGAAGGAGAUUGAGCGCCUGGGGGCCAAGAUCAUCACCAACGCACGUGUCACCGGCGUGACGCAGGCCGGGGCCGGUGGGAAGAAGAAGACGACGACGCUCCAGCUGACCAAAACAACCGGCGAGGUCGAGACGCUCGAAACCCACGCGUACUUCCCAACCGUCGGGGUCAUACCCAACACGUCCUUCGUUCCCAAGGACAUGCUGGAUGCGAACGGGUGCGUCAAGCAGGGCAAGGACCUGCGGGUGCCGGGUCACAAGAACCUGUUCGUGGUAGGAGAUGCCGGCAACUUGGAGGAAUCGACAAUGUACCUCGCGCAGCGACAGGCGCAGCACCUGGUGAAGGUCCUCGAAACAUUCCUAGUUAGCGGCGAGGGCGAGAUCGCGGGCGAGAUCGAGGAAUACGUCCCCGAAAACAAGGUGGUCGGAGCCAUCACGCUCGGUCGAGGCCGGGCAACGGGCCAGAUGGGCACAUGGAAACUGUACAGCCUCCUUGUGUGGUGGGUGAAGGGUCGGUACCUGGGAACCAACUCCAGCAAGGCCAUUGCCGCGGGGAAGAAGAUAUUUUAGUCGUUGGCCUGGACGGAUGGAUGGUGUGUUUAUGUUUGAGAUGCAUGCUAUUGUCGGCGACAUUUUUUCUUGGUUUCUGUGGCGGACCUUUCAGAUGACAAUAGAUGAG